AUGACACAGAGUGCUAUGGAUGAGAUCGCACUUGUCCCAACGGUACACGAUGAGACAACGUCCACAUCACGAGCAGAUGAGCCGGUACAUGUUGUUACAUCUCGAACCGAUUCCAGAAAAGCGAAAUUGGCUAAAAAAUAUCAAAGGACACCGCUUGCAUUUUAUCAGGCGCUUGCCUUAGGCGCAUUACUACUUAUUUUGAUAUUGGUAUGCGUAGCUGUUGAAACGUGGAGAAAUACAAAUCGGGUUAGCGAUGGGACCAAUCCACAUUCUCAAGACGAUGAAACAUAUCAUCUUUCGAUAGUUGAAGAAGUAAAUAGUCAAGUCGGGAUAACAUGGAAGGCGAGGUAUAACAAAUUUGCUUCGAGAGCUGAAGCAAAUACGGGUACGGGUGCUGAUGCAGAUACGGCUAGAAUGAUCCUGAACAAAUUUUUUAAUCUUGAUGAUGAACAACUGUUACAGGAUACAGUGAAACACGUUGAAGGAUUAUCAAAGAUGAAAAAACCUAUUCCUAAGUCUUUCGAUAUCCGAAAAUUUUGGCCACAAUGUUGGGCAGUGCAUCAAGUGUUUAAUCAAGCUGGUUGCGGUUCUUGUUGGUCAGUUGCUGCAACUUCAGUGAUGUCGGAUCGCGUAUGUAUUCACUCAAAUGGUUCAGUACAAACACAAAUCAGCGCUCUUGAUCUCACUUCAUGUUGUUUGUCCUGUGGAGGAUGCCAAGGGACUCAUUGGGCUUUGUCGGCUUUCACUUACUGGAAGGAACAUGGAAUUGUGUCAGGUGGUGCAUUUGGCACACAUGAAGGUUGUCGACCGUAUACAUUCGAGCCAAGCUGUGGAACACCGUGUGGAUCCGCGUUAUAUCGUAAGGAUCGUACUCCACGAUGUGAAAGACAGUGUCAGAAUCUUUAUCAUAGAACAUAUGAACAAGAUUUGGUUCAAGCUCGAACUGCAUACUGGUUGAGAGCUAUAAAUGGAAGUUCAGAGUACACUCCUGUAGUCAAAACAACAUUGGAGAGGCUUAUCAAUGGAAAAUUCACUGAAAUUCUUCAAAGAGAAUUAAUGACCUACGGUCCAGUACUCGCAUGUUUUACAUUAUACGAGGAUUUUCAACAUUACAUGACAGGCAUCUAUCGAACGGAUGAAAACCGAUCCCUUCAAUUGUACGGGCAUUGCGCAAAGUUGAUAGGAUGGGGUGAGGAAAGUGGAGUGAAGUAUUGGCUUUAUGCAAAUACAUGGGGACGGGAUUGGGGUGAACAUGGAUUCUUUCGGAUUGAUAUGAAUGAGAUACCAGAAGAAGUUGUUGCAGGAGUUAUGUAA